GAACAGUGGCGCUUGUAGCAACGUGAAAUCCAGCGUUCAGACGUCUGUAAAUAUGAGACUUCGACUCGAGACAUGGCUCCAAUUGCUAGCGGUCUCUUCUGUAGCUGUAGGUGAACAAUAUUUGAAAUCAGUGGAAAUUGGAAAACCAGUCACUCUUUUCUGUGAUGGGAAAGGCUCACCUGACGACAUGGAGAUCACAUGGAAGACCCCCCAUCAGUUGGUGGCAAGUUGCUCCAAGGGUCAUUUGAGCGUUGGCCCAGGGUUUGAAAAUAGAGUACGUUUUGAAAAUGAGGAUGGUGAAGUUAGAUUUUCCCUUCACAUAAAUCCCACUGUAUUCAGUGACUCGGAUACAUACAGUUGCUUCAGAGGGACAGUGUUGAUAAGGACACUGAACUUGAUUGUCACUGUGUCACCUCCUAAAGAAGUAGAAGUAAUCGAAAGAGGCAGAGUUACUCUGCCUUGCUAUGGCAUUAUCAAUCGACGACUGGCGGAUGAACAGCUGAAUGUGCUGUGGAAGAAAGAUGGAUAUGUGGUGCUGAAUUUAACCAAGGGAGCGACACAUCAUUAUCCAGGGUUUGGUUACAGAGCAAACAUUUUCUUGGAUGGGAUCCGCAAAGGAGACAUGUCCAUGGAGAUAAGAAAGGUUGAACUGACUGAUGCAGGAAAUUAUGAAUGUUCAACAGAAAAUGGCGAAGGGAAGAUUUUGAGUUCUGUUUCACUCCGUGUCCAUAAAGGCAUACACCAUGGUUAUCGAGAGCGUGUGUUAUCUUACACGGGCGACUCCUUUAUUUUUUACAUCACUUCAGAAGAUGCUGAUGUCUAUCACCUUGAUGAAAAGACUAAUAGAAAAACAGGUCUUUGCUGGGUCAGGGAUGGUGUCGUAAAAUGUUCUGCACAUAAACGUGAACGCAUUGUCAUGGAGCAGGGGUAUUUAACUCUGAAAGAUUUGACUGAGGAUGACACCGGUGUGUAUCAGGUCCGGGAUGCCAGAGACAUCAUAAUUACUGAGAUAGUGCUAGAAGUGGGACAACUGUAUUCUAAAGGUCCAAAUCACCCUGAUGGCAGUGUGUUCAGCAUGGACCAUGUAAGUGACCGGUACACAGCAGUUGCCAACAAAAGCCUUGGAUCAAACGACUUGAGAAUCAGACGUGUGACCGAAGAAGAUCUGGCUCUGUAUUACUGUAUGGGAAGGGUGAAGGGGAAGCAAGCAUUUGGAAAAGGAACCAGACUUUUUCAAGACCAUACUAUUCCACAUGACGACAGUGUCACCACAAAAGAACAUAAAAGUGAACACAAAAACAGUGUUACCACAAAAGCCCCAUUUCAAACUGAAAACCAUUACUUCAACCUCUACUGGCUUCUGGCUUGUGUGCGGGCCAUUGGGCUAUUGACAUUUAUGUCUGCUGUACUGGCUGUCCACAUCAAAACAAGGAAAACAAGAAGAGAUGCGGACCGCAGACCUCCACCAAACCGGAGAGCUGCUGCCGCAUUUCUUGCCAGUUGAUAUAUCCAACAAGCGAAUCAUCUCCAUCAUAACUGUCAUGCACCUUCAUGCUUUUCUUUUGACAGUGUUGUUUUUCUGUCCAUACCGAAAAAAUGGUGAAGAACUUAUAAAGAACUUAUAUAUAAAACUCUUGGUAAAUCAUGCUAUAGCCAAAAUGAAUAAAUGCUUUUUAAUUUC